UCAGCCUCUAAUAAGUAAAAACAGUUUUGGCUUUUUUAAAAAAAAAAAAAGGAUCAGAAAAGGAGUUUCAUUGUUAGCUCCACAGCUCUUCCCAUUGUAACUUGUCUUUGUUUCAAACCGAACCUUUCGUUAAACAACAUGGGAGGCUGUGCGAGCAAACCUAAGGAGUCUGAUAUCCUUGAAACCUCUGCCGUGACUGAAAACGCCGUCGUGGAGUCCAAGAAUGUGGAGUCCGAAGCCGUUUCUCAGGAGAAGGCAGACGAAGUUCUUGCAGAGAAGAAGGAAGUGUCUGCUGUAGAUGGAGCAGAGACACAGAAGGAAUCUGAACCAGCCAAACCGGCUGAGGCUGAGGUAGCCAAACCUGUCGAAGCAGAACCAGCCAAGCCUGCCGAGGCUGAGGCAGCUCCAGAGGCUGUGAAGACCGAAGCAACUGUCAAAGCUGUUGAUGAGACUGAGCCACCAAAACAAGAGGAGGCUGCACCAGCCAAUGACACCAAAACCAAGGAAGAGCCUCUUGUAACCCUUUAAUUCUCAAAAUCAUUUCUCUCAAAUCUCAAUUCAUAUUUGUAUGUUUGUCACCACUGUUGCAUUGCUAUUUGUUGUAACAUGCACCUCUUAUGAAACGACCAACUUGUUGUGAUUUGUAAUCUCUCCUUACAAUAUCUAUCACAUUGUGAUUAGUCU